UUUUGCAUUUUCUUGUCGACGCCUCACGCGUUUGAGCGUGAUGUUCGGCUCUAAUAUCGCCCGUUGCUUUUUAUUUUGUUAAAUGUGUUUGGUUUUUUUUCCAUCGACAAUGAGGCUCCGGAGAGAGGGCUGGAACGCGAGCUCGUUCUCGACGCGUAGUGUCUCGCGCGGCGGGUUUUAAAGACGGACGCGCCGCUAGGUGGGGAUAGAAGGUAACGCGACUUUGAAAUUGAUCGUCGCGUUGGAAAGAACGGCGCACGUGAAACCAGAGCCCGGCGCAGGCAGGUUUUGCGGGACCCUCGCCGGAUCCGAAGAACUAGAAGGAAAGUGUGGUGCGGCUCGAGCGCACGUCCUGACGGGUCAAGCAAAGGUCAAUACUUUUGAAAUUAAAGAGGAUUAUCAUCGCGCCAACAUGGGCGAAGAACGCUAGCAUUUAAAGGUAGUCUAAAAACCGAAAAUGUUCGUAACAGAUUUGGGAUUUUUUUAAAUUUAAAUUAACACACCUCACUAAAAAAAAUCAUUCAAAUAUUAUUAUUAUUAUUAUUAUUUUUAUUUAUUUUUUUAGUUGCAAAAACUGUUUGUUUUUUAAUAUGCGAAUGUAUUUGUUCCUUUACUUUGAUAUUAAAAAUAACGCGUACACCAGUCUAAAAUAAAAUAGUUUAUUAUUAAGUUGUCGCGCUUGAAAAGUUUAUUUAUUUACUGGUCUCGGCGUGUUUGCAGAAAUGCAUCCAUCAUCAUCUUAUUUUCAGUCACAACAAUGCGCUUUAGGAGGAAUUUCUAAAUAAAUAUUCACUUGCGAGCGUUCGUUCUUUAAAAUCAAUGAAUGAACGUGGGCUGAUACGACAAACGUGAAUAAAACAUUACAUUUAGCCAAAAGUUGGUGUGCUCUUAAAUGGCGUUUCUAUUCAAUUUGUUUUGUUUAGAAUUUGGCCAAAAGCAACACUUCUUUCGCAUCUUUUUUUAUCACCGAUCCGUUUUUAUAUUUAAAUACAGUACGUACAAAUCAUGCAUUAUGUGUUCAUUUUUCCUCUUUCUCUCUUUUUCUUUUCUUAACAGCCUGUACGCGGCUAUUCGUUUCAAACUAUAAGUGGUAACCUAAAACCAACACGAUGAAAAUUGCAAUCGCAAGUCCGUUUAAAUUGCCGAACGCAAAGCAAAUGAAAUGCCCCUGUGCGUCAGUCCUUGUGUUUUCAUUCCGGUCGAUCUCGUUUCCUUUACGCGCGUUUAAAUAUGACGACGAGACAGUCGCGCGUAAUUCCCUCAGUGUCAUUUAUGAGCGAAAGCGCUUGGAAUAAGAGCGAGAUGCGUAACUGCCCGGCUUUUAUAGCUUCCCGUUUAAAAUAUUUUUUUCUUCCACGCAUUAACAAAUAAAAAAAAAUGCAUAAACCAAGCAGCGCGAAGCCAUAGCUUAAAACGAAACGCGGUUUAUUUCAUCACUAAAGCAGGACGUGGCGCGCAACCUGUCUACUGUAUUUUAAAGCUGAAACAAAAAAAAGUAAACUUAUUUAACUUCUCGAUAUAAAUGCGAUUUAUAAGUUGUGACGCGCACGCGCCGAAGCGUUGACGGUUAAACAACGGGGCGGUCGAAAUUUAUAGUGUGUGGUAGAUAUAUUUUUAAAGGCUCGAAUGCCGUGAUGCUCAGCAAUUUGUUGAAAUAAGGUCCAUUCCCGGCGCGCUGAUCUGAUUUUAGCGCUUUUAAAAAUAAAGACACCCCACCCCUAGUAACAAAACGCGGAGGACGGCGGUGCGUCAUCCGCGCGCGUAUCCAAUGCGAGCGCUCGCUGGCAGCUCGUGGUCAGUGCGCCCUUCUUUCUCGUGCUUUAUGUAGAGGUGUCGAGCUGGUAACACCCACCGCGCUUCCCAGGCUCAGUCAUCAGGGGUUCAGUCUCCUCGAGAGGAACCUGCUCCAAAUCGCCAAGGCAAAAGCAAAAAAAAAAAAAAAAAAAAAAAGCGUGGGUCGCAAAGAGGGACCAUGAGAUCCGGAUAGUUUUUCCUCGCGGUGUUUUGCCAUGCCAGACACGAACGUCCCAGAAUUUGGAAAGCUUCUUCUGACUUCGGGAAGUCUGUGAGGGGGUGAAUUGAAUUAGUCAGGGGGGGGAGCGAAUAUAUAUAUAAGGCGAACGCGUCGUUAAGUGUAGCCCAUCCGUCGAGCGCGUUUUGGCGAUACCCUCGAAAUAUUUUUUUUUUUAAAAAGUGGCUGAAAAGGAAGCGAUCGGAAACUCUUCACGGGACAUGCUCUGUCAUCUCAACGGAUUACCGACAGCUCAGUCCUCUUAAACCGGAUGCGCAAAAGGAAUUAAACCACUCAAAUUGCUUUCCCCGUUGGAUAAGGUCACGAUUUGCACUUAACUUCAACAGAAGCGUCAUAUGCUGAUGGCUCAACGGUACGAAGACCUUGCCCACUAUGGUGGCGGUAUGGAUGGAGUUGGGGUCCCGACGUCCAUGUACGGGGAUCCGCACGCGCCUCGGCCCUUGCCGCAGGUUCACCAUUUGAACCACGGGCCACCGCCGCACGCCAACCAGCACUACGGGGCCCACGCACCGCACAGCAUCAUGCCCAGCAGCAUGGGCUCGGCUGUCAACGACGCACUUAAAAGAGACAAGGACCAAAUUUACGGGCACCCGUUAUUUCCGCUCCUGGCGCUGGUGUUUGAGAAGUGCGAGCUGGCCACAUGCACGCCGAGGGAGCCCGGAGUCGCCGGAGGAGACGUGUGCUCGUCCGACUCGUUCAACGAGGACAUCGCUGUGUUUGCCAAACAGAUGAUUCAGUCGAUACAAGUGUUGCGAUUCCAUCUUUUAGAACUCGAAAAGGUGCACGAGCUUUGCGACAACUUCUGCCACCGGUACAUCAGCUGUUUGAAGGGCAAGAUGCCCAUUGACCUGGUCAUCGAUGAACGGGAUGGGUGCAAGUCCGACUUCGACGACCUCUCGGGAUCCUCGACGAACCUCGCAGAUCACAAUCCAGCAUCCUGGAGAGACAUGGACGACGCUCACUCCACUCCCUCGGUCGGGACCCCGGGGCCCUCCAGCGGGGGACAUGCCUCUCAGAGCGGAGACAACAGCAGCGAACUAGGAGAUGGCUUGGAUAACAGCUUGGCGUCUCCGGGAACAGGGGACGAGGACGACCAAGACAAGAAACGGCAGAAGAAGAGAGGAAUCUUCCCCAAAGUGGCGACCAACAUCAUGCGGGCGUGGCUCUUCCAGCAUCUCACGCACCCUUACCCAUCCGAAGAGCAGAAGAAGCAGCUAGCGCAGGACACAGGCCUCACCAUCUUACAAGUGAAUAACUGGUUUAUCAAUGCUCGAAGAAGAAUCGUGCAGCCCAUGAUUGACCAGUCUAACAGAGCAGUAAGUCAAGGAACCGCUUACAGCCCCGAUGGUCAGCCUAUGGGCGGCUUCGUGCUCGACGGCCAACAACACAUGGGUCUCCGGCCUGGCGGUCCCAUGGGAGGAAUGGGUAUGAACAUGGGUAUGGAUGGACAGUGGCACUACAUGUAAACGCCUCCCCGCUUCCCAAAUCAUAAACGUUUUGAUGGUGGCCUCAGGAAUAGUCCCAGUGCUGGCCAGAGGCAUGAGGAGUCCCGUCACAUUCAUCCUCACCUGAUCACGCCCCGUCCGACCGCCUCCCGUCUUCACGAAAGACCUCCCAAAUCUCUCACGGACCCCUCAUCGUCUGGCCAUCGUACCUCCAGCCGAAGGACCGUCUCUGCAGGAGCACCAACAUUACAAAAAAACAAGACUUGAAGCAUUUGUGCCAAAAGAGACUUCUGAAAAGACGAUUGGAGAUCUUUUCUUUUUAAAUUAUUUAUUUAUUCUUGUCACACCAUCAAGAAGCACGGGGACCACACCAUUUGUGCACUUUUGCUCAACCAUAGAAUGGCCGCCCCAGACGCAAAUAUUCCACACCUCCUCACGCGCAGGUGCACACGCUCGUAUUAAACGCAUUUUAAUGGUGGAAUAUAGUAAAAGAUGCUAAACCCUUAAAGAACUGAAAUGUGAGUGUAUGAUGAUUUUUUUUUCUUUUUUUUUCUUUUGGGAAAUAUUGUAUGUUUGGGUUUGUGUCAUUGACUAGUUGUUAGACCUUCGCAUUCAUGAUUCUACAAAGACCGAAGGGAAACGAAACCGCUUGAUGGGAUCAUUAUGGCACACAUCUGACACAGAUUCCAGUAUGUGAAACCGCAGAGUCUUCCCCUCGUGAGAUGUUUCGAAAAGCAUCGCUUAGGAAAUGAGUUGUGCGUUUAUUCGUCGAUUUGGAGAGCAACAGUGCUCUGGUAAGGCUAAAUAUGCCUGGAGGAGUUUUUAAACCACUAGAGAUGUUCCAUUGUACAUAAUUAUGUAAAUGUUAUUUGUAAAACACAUCAAUGUCAAAUAGGCAUUCAGUCGAGAUCCUUUAAAAAAAAAAUUGAGAUGGGAUAUUGUUGUACAUUUUGGUCCGUUCUCACUCUUGCUUUUCUCUAUGGAAAAAGUCGAUUAUAUGUUUGUUGAUGUACUGAUAAGUUUGAUCGAUCCUCCCGCUCUGUCCAUUUUCCUUUUAGGAGUCUUUUAAAGCAGUACAGUAUUUCUACACAGUCAAAAGUCGAAUUCUUGUAAUAAAUGCUUCAUUUUCAAAAUGUUAAA